UACUGUGCUGCACCAAUAUAGGCUGUCUUGCCUGAGAAACAGCCCAGACGAGUGAGAGUGAAGUCCGCUUCUGGGUAGGGACAGAAUUAGAUAAGAGAGAGAGAGAGAGAGAGAGAGAGCGGAGGAGAGCCAACCGAGAAAUGGGAAGAUCCACUUCUUGUUUCAAACUCAUUACAUGCGGGAGCGAUUCUGUCAACAAGGACCAACUCGAUGUCUCUGAGACCAAGAGUUCUGGUGACAAGCGCGGAUGGAGUUUCCGGAAGAGAUCUGCAAGACAUCGGGUGCUAAGCAAUUCUGUAAUCUCGGAAACUGCUUCUUCUGGAAACAAAGGAAGUCCAGAAUCUGCUGCUCCUAACUUUCAACAGGCAGAUAACUCUACUGUUACUGAGAAAGUCUCUACAGUACAAUGUACAGAAGAGAAAACCCAGUUUCCUCUUCCAGUAGAUUCAAAUGUAUCCGAUACUGCUGCUGCCCCUGUAAGUGAAAGUCACGGAGAUUGCAAAGUCAACGACAAUUUGGAGGAGUCCGUUGCUGAAAACUUGGAUGAGUCUGCUAUUAUUGUCAUACAGGCAGCUGUCAGAGGGUUUUUGGCUCAAAGAGAACUUUUGAAGCUUAAGAAACUGAUUAAAUUGCAAGCUGCUGUACGUGGACACCUGGUUCGGAGGCAUGCUGUGGGAACAUUGCGUUGUGUCCAAGCCAUUGUCAAAAUGCAAGCUCUUGUCCGUGCCCGCCGUGCUCGUAUGUCUAUGGAAAACUCUCACGGGAAGCAUGAAAAGGACUGUCAUAAUUCAAUGACCUCGGAGAUGACAAACUUGGAUGUUAAACCAAAUGCAGUAUCCACAUUAUCAAUUGAGCAGCUGCUUAGCAAUAGAUUUGCUCGUCAGCUAAUGGUAUCAACACCAAAGACCAAAUCAAUCCACAUUAAGUGCGAUUCUUCAAAACCAAAUUCUGCUUGGAACUGGCUAGAGAGAUGGAUGUCUGUUUCAUCAGCAAAACAGACAACAAAACCAGAGACAGAGAAAGAGCAACAACAAAAAGAGAACAAUGAAAUAAUUGCUUCCCAAGUUGGAGUCUCUUCUGAUGCUUUUGAUGAGUUGGCUGAUGAAAAGGAAACUGCUUUGCCAUUGGAAAGUGAAGAGAACAUGAUCACGUAUGAUGCGGACAAGUUUAAUUUCCAGACAUGUCCGGCUUAUUCUUCCAAAAAUGAUAAUCUAGAGCUACCUUUGUGUGAUAACAUACACAAACCUGACUUGAAAGUGACCUUCAUUGAGAUAAAUUCUCAUUUAAAUCAACCAAUCCAGUCAGACACAAUUUCCCAAACGGAACUCAGUUCUCCACUUAACGAGCCUGAAUUAGAGAGUGAGCAAGGCAAGCGAUCUAUGAAAAGGGUUGCAUCUGAACAACUGGAGACUGAAGGAAAGAAGUUGGCACCUGGAACAAGAAAGGGAAGUAAUCCUUCAUUUAUUGCUGCCCAGUCAAAGUUUGAAGAACUCAGUUUAGCAGCUAAUUCAAGUAGGUCAGUUGAUUCAUCCCAUCAAGAUGUUGUACUGGAAUCAAAAAUAUAUGCAGUAUCAUCAGAGACAGACACUGCAAACCAGACUAAAAAGCUCAGCGUUGCAGAAGAUGCUCCUGAUAACAUGAAGAUUCAGUAUGGUGGAUCUGAAUGUGGCACUGAGCUCUCUAUUUCUUCCACUCUUGAUUCACCUGACACAUCUGAAGUUGGAGCCACAGAAUAUGAGCACGAGUCCAAGGUUUCAAUGCAAGAAACAUCUAAUUCUCAGAGCGCAGAGAAACUAGAUACUGAAGUAAAAGAAGCUCCUGCUAACCCUGUGACCAAUUUGCUUCCCUCUGUUGAGGAUCAGGCAGAGAAACUCGGUUGUACCAAAGAGGAAUUGGAUGAUUCAAUUGUUGUUGUAGACUCAGAGAUGGAGAAGAAGCCAGAGAGAAGCAUGUCUGAUGUUCAGAGAGAAGUGGACUCUCAGAUGCAUCCUCAAUCAUACAGGUCAUCCCCUGAAGCUUCUCCUAGAAGUCAUAUGACAGUUCCUGAAUCACAAGGAACACCUUCAAGUCAGGUAUCACUGAAGGUCCAGAGGAGCAAAACCGACAAGUCUAGUUCAAAUAAAAAACGCAAGUUCCUGUCAGCAGGUAAGAGAUCUCCAUCAAAUCCAAAUCAUGACUCUGGUGCCAGAAGUAGCACAGAACAACUGCCUAAAGAUCAGAAAAAUGGGAAGAGACGCAAUUCUUUCGGUUCAGCAAGACCUGAGCAAAUGGAUCAAGAACCAAGAGAUAGUGGUAGCAGUAGUUCUCUUCCUCAUUUUAUGCAAGCAACAGAAUCUGCAAGAGCCAAGGUCAAUGCAAAUAAUUCACCUAGAUCAAGUCCAGAUGUGCAAGAGAGAGACAUUCACAUCAAGAAGAGACAUUCCUUACCUGGUGCAAAUGGAAGGCAGGGUUCACCGAGGAUUCAGCGAGCAACAUCUCAGGCACAGCAGGGUACGAAGGGAAAUGGUAGCAAUCCUAUUCAUGAGAGAAAAUGGCAGAGGUGAAGAGAUACUCGAGGCAUUGUGAAUUGAUGAAAGACUAUUCUGAAUAUGCAAGCUAUCGCAACCUGAGUCUUUCUCUGGCGAACUUGAAGUGGGGACAGUCUAGUUUUGUAUCUCAAAGUUUCUUUCCUCUAGAAUGACGAAUUAGUUGAUGUCGACAUGGCGUGGCCAGUUGCAGAGAAGAGAUAUAUAAAUAUAACCGAGUAAGGUGCAAUUUUAUUAUGUUGCAUUUUCCUGAGAGCGAUGUUGUGUGUGUUAUUCUGACAAUUUUUUUGCUGGUGAUAUUAAGUUUCUGGAAAAGAUGUGAUGUUUAUCUGAUAGUAACUCGAUGCUUCUACCAAGCACAAAGAUCUUGUAAUAAUUCUUUGUUUAUUUUCCUUUUUUUUUUUUUUAUAACUGGGGAGUGUUUGUAAUAAAUUAGUGAUUCAAUUCUUUAA